AUGCCUCACCUCGCAGACUGGAUCGCGUUUUGCUUGGAUCAGCCUGUGAAGCAUCAAAACCAAAGCCUCAUGCAGCAGAAGAAGGCAUUGGAACCUGGGGUUUUGACUAUGAUUUCGCAACUGGCCUUUUAUCUGGACGGGGCUGCUAGCAGAGUAGGCGAUGAUUUGGCUGGAGACUUGCCAGCGAACAAGAAGCUGUCGAGACUGACGAGCUUCGUGAUGUGGGGCAAGACCGGUGUGGCUGCAGAUCUCCUGUUUCAGGGCCAGGAGCGAUGGUGGAAAACAGCUUUGAGGUCAGCAGGCAUGAAGAAGGCGGGAUAUCUGCAUCGUCUACGUGCCGUCGUGGAGCGGCAGAAGCAUUUUCAGGUGCAGUUCGAUGGCAGUGAUUGCCAAACAGUGCCGACAGAGAUCUUUCACGUGUUUUCCCCAACCUUGAACAUUGGUGGCUAUGGCCCGCCGCAAGCAUGGGCCUCAGACGGACCUAGCCGCCUGAGCUUCGUUUUGGUUGUCAUUCCGCAAGCUUGGCAGAACCUGCACACUCUGGAGGCCGGUUGUUCUGAGCUAGAUGAGGUUAUGCGGACGUGCCAUGCACUUCCGCACGUCCAUGGUGACCUGACACAGCAAGUGCCCACGGGCAGCCUGCCAGCAAGUUCUUUGCCGUUCUCAGAGCAGCAACGUGUCCUGCAGGACCUGCCCCUUCAAGGUGUUCAGUGGUGCUACACGCACUCAGCCAUGUGCUCCACCCGCCAGAGGGCAGACGUGGAUUUCAGCGGGCUCCCCUGCCAGGAGAACUCCCGUGCGAAUCGUCUUAGACAGUUCUUCGAGGGCAGGUUUGGGCCCCUGUACGGCACAUGGGCAAAAAGUCACAAGGCGGCCAAGACGCCCCUGGUGAUUCUCGAGAACACACUGGACAUCCCCAUGGUGCCACUGCGUGCUUUGAUGGCUCCGGAUUACCUGGCUUACCAGAUCUUCUUGCAUCCACGCGACGUGGGAUUCGCAGGCGUCAGCCGGCCUCGCACUUUCGUCUACUUUUGUCACCAGGAAACAUGCGAAUACAGAGCGGAUCUGUAUGAAGCCCUGGGUCGGGUAACGAAGACGCUCUCUUCCUUUGUGCACACCAAGCCUUCGGACUACAGGGUCAGCAGCCCUUCUGCUCGACAGCUAGAUUGCAUGGAGAUGAGCCGAAAGCGAAAGAUUGACACUUCCAGCGUCUGGUACCUCCUGACUGAGCGAGAGCAGCUCCUUGUUCAGCAGCUAGAUGCAGACUACCUGAGGAUGUAUGGCCGGGCGCCCUCCCAGGAUGUCGACUUAGUGUAUUUCUUGGGUGACAGAUACGAAUUCUGCCGCGCUUGGUCCGCUGCGAGCAGGGCUAUCCCGACAUAUCGGCGGAAUUCCGCAAGGUAUCUGCACCGCAGCUCUAUGACGUUCCUCUCCUCGCAGGACAAAUUGGCGAGUCUGGGGUGGCCAGUGGCCCCAGAGUGUGCCGAGGAGAUGGGCGUGGAGCCCUUUCCCUGCCUGGACCCCAAGCAAGCCGACAAGAUGUGCGGGAACAGCAUGCACCUAGGAUGCGCGGGGAUCGUCUUGUUGGUCGGUCUCACAUGCUUCGGCCUUCGUCAGAAGGCUCCCGUGAACAGGAGCUGA